AUGCUCGCCAAGAUCGCCUCGUCCCGGCAGUCCAUCCCGUCCGGCGUCUCACUCGAGCACCUGCACAAGCCAUCCGUCAAGCCGUCUCUGGACUCCGAGUCCAUCUACGUCCUGGACGACCCGGCCGUGCCUCAACCCGGCCCGGGGGCUGCCGAACCCAGCCCAGAGGCUGCCGAACCCGACCCGAGGACUGCCGAACCCGGCCCAGGGACUGCUCAACCCGGCCUAGGGGCCGCAACCGUCGACCCGGCCGCCGCCAUUCUCGACCCGGGGGCCGCUGAACCCGGCUCGGGGGCUGCCGCCUCAGAACCCGCCAUGGUAGCCGUCUUCGCCGUGGUGACGGCGCCAUCGUGGGCCCUGCCCAUCUCAGAGUUUCUGGAGAACGGGGUCCUCCACAUGGACGAGACCAAGGCCCGGCAAGUGCAGCGCCGGGCGUCCGCCUACAGCAUCAUCAACAACGAGCUCGUCAAGCGCAGCUCCACCAGCGUGUUCCAGCGCUACGUCGAGCAAGACAAGGGCAUUGAGAUCCUCCUCGACAUACACCAGGCAAGGCUAAUCAAGAAACUGGACGGGCCAACGGGCGUCCGAUUCGUCAAGGACAUCGCGGUGCGCUACGACAUGCCAAACAGCAUCAUCACAGACAACGGCACCAACUUCGCCAAGGGCGCGCUCGCGCAAUACUGCUCCGUCUCUGGCAUCCGCCUCGACCUGGCUUCCGUUGCACACCCGCAGUCCAACGGCCAGGUCGAGCAGGCCAACGGCCUCAUCCUAUUCGGCAUCAAGCCGCGGCUCGUCGAGCCACUCAUCCGUUCACCCGACAGCUAG